CCACUUACCUAAAACUGGUUUGAUUUUUUGAUGCAUCAGUUGCUUCAAAGACGUAAAACAGUCAGAUGCAGAGUUACCCAUUGACAAAAACUAAAUAACAGGCAAAUUGAAACUUUGUGGGCAGCUUUUUUUUCAACAACUGCUAUUGUUGCAUAUCGGUUAUCGCGACGUUUCUCGGCGCUCAACUGCUAAUUGUGAUAUAUCUGACAGUCCCUGAAGGCAGCAUGGUAAAUUUGUUUUCUUCCGCAUUUACCUGGCGCCGUAAACACAGGGACGAGUACAUAUGGGCGUAUGUCACUGAAUUAAAGAGGACACAACCAAACCCGUGAAUUGCUACUUCGAUUGAGAAUAAAUGUGCCAUCGUAACGGAAGUAGGGAGAAAGGGAAAUGAGCCGAAGAAUCUAAAGAGAAGUUCAACCGAAGAAAAGUCACAAAAAAGUUUUGGUUUCGUUCGUUUAGCUGAAGUUCGUGCUGUCGUUGCUCACAAUGGGCUGUUGCACCAGUACAGAGAGAAAACGUGACUGGAAACCACUGGAGGAGCGCAGCUGCACGGACAUCCCAUGGCUCAUCAUAUUCACACUGUUUUGUAUCGGAAUGGUGUGUAUCUGUGGCUUCACCAUUGCCACAGGAGGUGCCUCCAGGAUUAUCUCAGGAUAUGACAGUUAUGGCAACACCUGCGGUCAGGACAACACCAAGAUUGAGGGAGUGGAGCUCAGUGGACGAAACAUGAUAGAAAAUAAGUACGUCUUCUUUCUAGACCCGUGCAACCUCGACAUCAUUAACAGGAAGAUCAAGUCCAUUGCCUUGUGUGUUUCCAAAUGCCCUGCUUCUGAACUGAAGACAUACUCUGAUCUAAAGCAGUUUUCUCUGAACAAUGGAUCUUCACUCUGCACCUAUGAUAUUUCACCUACAAGAUACCCAAGCCAUUCAGAAAGAAGCACUAAAUGUCCCAAACUCCCUGUUCCACCAAGUAAAUCUGUUCCACUGUUCCACCGUUGUAUUCCUGUGGAUAUUGGCUGCUAUGCUGAAUUCGCCCAGGCAUUCAUGACAUUCGUCAGUGACAACAGUGUUCUGCGCCGGGUUGUCGCUGGGGUGAUGGCCAGCAAGGACAUCAUCAUGGGCCUUUGUGUGCUGGCUUUAGUUCUGUCCCUGAUCAUGAUGGUCGUGAUCCGUUACAUCUCCAAAGUGCUGGUGUGGAUUCUAACAGUUCUGGUAGUCGUCGGCACCAUAGCUGGGACAGGCAUCCUCUGGUGGCUGUACGUGGACCACAGGAGUGCCCUAAAUAACAAAACCACCUCAGUAUUUGGGAAAGAAGUGGGCUCGGACAAUGUUAAGGCCCUACUUGUGUAUGCAAUUGGUGCUACAAUUUUCACGGUAAUUCUCCUGCUGGUGAUGUUCUUCAUGAGGAAGCGUGUGGCUCUCACCAUUUCCCUGUUCCAUGUAGCUGGUAAAGUCUUCAUCCAUCUUCCCCUGCUGGCCCUGCAGCCUUUCUGGACCUUCCUCUGCCUCAUGCUCUUCUGGGUCUACUGGAUUGCUGUGCUUCUCUUCCUCGGGAGUGCAGGAACACCAGUGAAGAACAACUCUACAGGUAUGGUUGAAUAUCACGUGGUGGGGCCUCUUCAGUACACAGUGUGGUACCACGCUGUGGGUCUCAUCUGGAUCAGUGAGUUCAUUCUUGCCUUCCAGCAGAUGACCAUCGCUGGAGCUGUGGUCACUUACUACUUCACAAGGAAUAAAUCUCAGAUGCCAGCUACUCCUAUCCUUUCCGCUAUGGCGCGUACCUUCCGUUACCACUUGGGUACUAUAGCCAAAGGCUCCUUCAUCAUCACGCUCGUUAAGAUCCCUCGUCUCAUCCUAACAUAUAUUCACAGUCAACUCAAAGGAAAGGAAAACGCCUGUGCUCGCUGCAUGCUGAAAGCUUGUGUCUGCUGCCUGUGGUGUCUUGAGAAGUGUCUAGCAUACUUGAAUCAAAAUGCUUACAUUGCGACAGCCAUCAACAGCACCAAUUUCUGCACCUCAGCCCGUGACGCUUUCGUUAUUCUGGUGGAGAAUGCCCUCCGAGUGGCUGCCAUAAACACUGUGGGGGACUUUGUCCUCUUCUUGGGAAAGGUGCUUAUAGUCUCGUGUACAGCUUUUGCCGGCGUCCUGGCCCUGAACUACCAGAGAGAGUACACCGUGUGGGUCCUGCCUCUACUCAUCGUCUGUUUGUUUGCCUUCCUGGUGGCCCACUGCUUCCUUUCGGUCUUCGAGAAUGUAGUCGACGUUCUCUUCCUCUGCUUUGCUGUGGACUCUAAGUAUAAUGAUGGCAGCCCCGGGCGGGAGUACUACAUGGACAAGGCCUUAAUGGAAUUUGUUGAGAAUAGUAAGAAGAUGGGUCGGCACAAUCCAGAUGAUGGAGACGGACGUGAAAUGAAGUCCAUGUCACGUGGAGGAACUUUAGCUUGACGAAGUAACCAAAAAACAGAUGCCAAAACCACUACAGAUACUCCAAAAGUUUAACUCAGAGUUGACCAGCGUUACACUCCAGGGACAUCAAUAAGAUAACUUUAUCAUUUAGAUGACUUUAUAGAGAAGCUACAUUGAGUUUCAGCAAAAGAUGCAUUGAGUUUUAUUUUCUAUUUCUGAAAAGGAGAUCUUGAAAGUUUCAAGUUUGACACUAAUAGUUGUAAAAUGGCAAGAGCUCAUUUGGGUUUGUAUUUUUUUAUUAAUAAGAUCGGUUUGCUAUUUCUUCUCCAUUUUCUUAUGCACGUGAGUCUCCCCUUUUAUAACAUUUUAAAUGAUAAUAAUAAGAACAAUUUAACAUGGUUUAACAUGUUCAGUUUUCCUUUUUAGAUAAUUAGUAAGUGACUGUGUUAUGUCAAAGACUGUUCAAGUUGUUUAUUUCUUCUUAAAUUUUGUACUUAAAUAAAUUAAAACACAGUUUUAUUGUUUGA